AUGCUCUUGCAAGAGUUCCAGCAUCAGGAGACGAUCACUGUGACAAAUGUCAACACCGCCUUGCCUCGUCGACUGGGCUUUCGCUCCAAUGUGGAUGGCAUCAGACGCCUCUUUGACCUGGCGCACGCGUGCGCUGCUGGCACUGUCGAAGGCACGCGGGAAAGGCCCCGCCUACGCUUGUCUUUAGCCACAAUGCCGCAGCAAGCACGCGUUCGCUUCGGCCUUCACCUCCCUGCUGUCCCUCCCGCUUCAGAGCCAGUCGUGCCUGUGGUCCCUGCCAUGUGCGGGGCUGGAAAGCGAGCUGCGCCCAAGGCUGAACCAGCCCUGCAGCGCGCUAAGGCCAAGGCGAAAAGCGCUGCAGCGCCAAAGGAGAAUGCACCCAAGAAAAAAAAUGCUGCAGGCGCUGGCAGACCCAGUUCUUCGCAGGAGUCUCCGUACACUGUCAAUUCUUCCUACGACGCGGAGGUACCAUUUGCAGACCAAGAGGCUUUCAUGAAAUUUGAAAAAGCAUGGGCUGCGACGCAUGUUCCAGGUCAGCACCUGAACAUACGACACCAAUACGUUUCUCAGGCCGGGCAUCACAAAGUUAUCCUUUGGUGUAACUCGUGUGGGCCAUGCAAGAAGAAACAAGGAUGGCGAGGUUAUUCCGCAUAUAAUUUGGAGAGCAAAGAAGUCAACAGAACUUACACACCCAUAUCCAAACACACUGACUUCUCCGCUCAGAAAGCCUGGACGCCUUUGACAGCCAAGACGGAAAACGCGUUGAAAGAGUUUAUGAAGAGCAAUCUUCGUCACACGACACAGGACUUGGUUGCCAUUGUCGAGAAGAACCAAGAAGAACGACCUUCGGACUCCUGGAUAGGGACUUGGCGGAAGAAUCAUCUCAAAUUGCACCCGGACCGCGCUGUCCGUCUCAGCAAAUGCAAAUGGGUCAAGUCCGACUGGGAGCAGCUGCGGCGCGACUAUGGCAGGAUGGAAGAACUUCUGCAGGCGCCACCUGCGGAAUGGCCUUCGUCGCUCAAGUUUGGGGAUUGUAGCGAGGACCCCAAGGAAACAUGCAUGACGCUCUGCAACCCGGCCCUCCUGCAUGAGACUCUGUCGAGGCUCUCAAACAAGGAAUACAUCAAGCUGUGCGGUGACGGGACCUUCAGACUUGCCACCGAGGAGUGGGUCCUAUUGACAGUAGGUGCCUUAACCAAGCAUUACUCGGUUAGUGAUGGGGUGUACGCGUUCCGGACAACAUUCAGUCCUCUGAUGUUUGCCUUGGCAAACAAGGAGAGCGAUGUUUCCUACGGCACUCUCUUUGACAGCCUUAUCUCUUGCGCAAAAGCGGUUGCCGGAGUAGACCUGCGUGAGGCAGUUGGUCAAUACCACGCAGACCUGCACUCAGGUGAAGAGAAGGCACGCAGACGGUGCUGGCCACGCUCAGACCGCGUAGCCGACUUUGCCCACGUCAUAGGUGCAUGCAAGCGGCCUGCGAGACGUGCCGUUCGGAGCUGGGAAAAGAGCGAUGCGCAGGUAAACACGUGGAGGUCAGGCCUCUUUGCUGUCAUGAAAAAGAGAGCGCAGCGUGACCCCCCGGAAAGGGCUGCAGUGCAGGCUCUGCAGAGGCAUUACUUGACCCCCUGCUCGCCUCGUGAAGCCAAUGACCGCUUUGGUGUGCAAUCCUGGCCGGGGCAGACAAGCCACAAAAACUUGCUUCUCGCAGACUGGUGGCACGGUGCGGAACGCUUGCAACCUGGUUCAGCCAGCGGCACUCAGGCACAGGAGUCAUGGCAUGUGCAUAAACUCAAGAAGCGUCUCGGUCGCUUGCACCAGCCUAUUGAUGCUCUGGUGUCAGCGCUCCAAAGCUUCAUGCAAUCACGGCUGAAGGACCUGCAGGCCAGAGGGGGUGUUUUACCCGACGUUCCCGUGGAGCCUUUCCCGGACAAAUACGUCCUGCAUGACUCGGCCAGGUUAACCUUGGAGGGCCGAACGUCGGCGCACCAAUAUUUUAGAACCCGGUCCAUGGACCUGUGGAGCGACGGUGAAGACACCACUUACUACGCCAUGCGUCGCACUUAUGCCACGUUUGACCAGGAGGCGAAAGGGUGGUCUGCCGUCCGAACGCCGGAUGAGCAAAUACAACAAGUUCGCCCAGGCACAGCGCAAGCGCUUGCCCGCCUUGUCCUGGCCACGCAAGGGACCUGCCUGGAGCAGGCGCUGUCUGAUCUCGGCCUGGGCCCUUCGCCCUUGCAGGACCUGAACGCUUUGCUCAAGUGCAUGAGCACCCACGUGCUUGUGGUGCAGGGCCCCGCCGCAACCAAGCAUUGGCGACGCGUGGGUGGGAACAAUCCACACACCCAGAUCCUUUGCCUGUUUUGCGAUUCCUUCGGAAUCGCGGGCAGUUGUGAACAUGCGCAUGUCGCCUUGCUUCACAGCAAGCAGAUCUCCUUGACACGUGCGGAAAUGCCACGCAGAGCACUCAAAGGCGUCGCGCCUCUCUGUGAUCAAGAGCCCGUACCCAUCAUACUGCCUGGCGCAGCGCGUGCGUCGCACGACAGGCCCGGCGACGAGUCCAGCAGGACGCCCAAGAGGCGCGAUCAGCGCCUGCUUGGCUUCCUCGCAGCGCACGACUUUCUCAAGUGGGCGCCUCUUCUGCAAGCAGAAGAGCUGACCGUGGAUCAGCUGGCUUCGAUACCUCUGGCGCAGCUCAAAGCCAUUCUGCCACAAGUGCCGGCCGGCACCCUUUGCACCAUUGCCGAUGCUGCUGGUUCGUGGUCGCCGCAAAAGGCCGGCCCUCAGCUGACAGUGGUCCACGCAGAGACUGCGCUCAAAGGCGAAGCGCUGGAGGACCAGUAUGCCGUAGAGGGACUGGACAAGCCAGCGAAUGCGUCCGACAGCGUGAGUGCCUUGACAUUCUGCUUGUGCAGUGACGUGGCCUCAGAAGAGCGUAGCGACUCCGAGAAGGAGGAGCAGUAG